AUGGCGACUUGGGCAUACCCCCCACUGCCGCCUGACCAGCUGAACCGGGAGGCGGAUUCCGCAUUGGCUCGGGAGCUUCAGUGGUUACUACAAUCGCUGCAGGAAUCGCUUGUUUCUUUGAAGGAAGGUCUUCAAGAGUGUGCUGCGCUUCUUGCACCCCAGGAACCAGGGUCCACCCUGGUCCUCUCUUCGAUACGAUCAGAAAAUGUCAAGGGCUUCGUGACUCGUGUUGGGACAAAGCUGGUCAAAGGAGAUGUUCAGCUCCGACUUCAAUCACUCCCGCCUCCCCGGGGCUCCCCAAGUACCAGACUGAUCCUCUCCCAAAGUCCCGAUGCACCCGCUCUGGUACUGCAGCAGCUCGUAUCGGUCCGAAACCUAGUGAAUCAGAGCUUGGAUAUUGUGGACGUGAGCACGUACACGGGAAAUCCCCAUGAUCCAAGAUUUAUCUUUAGCCAGCUGCAUCUCUUGCAUGAGACUAUUACCGAAGCACGGCAGAUGUUGAAAGGCGAUGGAGACGUCCGAGGAAGCUGGUGGGAGACUAGCGUGUCUGACAAUAUGUUUGACCCGCCUCCUCCCCCUUACCUCUCCUUUCAUCUAUCCAUUGCGGAUUCCGCCCUGGUUCUACUCGUUCGCACUCUUGAGAGCAAUAACACGACGCAAGCUCCCACGGCCUUUGCGACAGAUAUUUCAUUAACCGGAUUUUCCUUACGAGAUCGGUUGUUCGGCAGUCGACAAAAGGCACAUGAUGAAGCAGGCGAUGUCUUUAUGUGGAAGGGAGAAGAGGUUCACGUGCGAGAGAAGGUCAGAGUUGAAAGUCAGGACCCUAGUCUCAUGUCAGCCAUGGCAAAAUUGACAGCUCUGGAGCACGAGGUGAUGCGCUGGAUUGGCGCGUUGCGAGUGCUUAUGGGCAACGACGACAUGGAAAGUGAAGUUUGA